AUGGGUGUCCAGCCCAACGUGGUCAGCUUCAACGCUGCCCUGGCCAACACGCCGGGCCAACAUACCGCAGAGCUCCUCGCGCUCAUGGCCCGACGGCAGGUGCGUCCCAGCGGCCUGAGCUUCGGUGCCGCCAUGGGCGCCUGCGAGCGGUCCAGCCACUGGCGCCACGCCCUGGACCUGCUGAGCACGGCGAAGACAUUUUCCCUUCUGGAAACGUCGCUGGUGAAGGCCGUGGUGAGGUCUUGCCGGAGGAGUGGGCAAUGGCAACGAGCCUUGAGCUUGCUGGAAGUUGAGUGA